AUGGGCACGGCGUUGAGGUUUCGCGGAAGUAGCCAUCAGCCUUUGCAACCUUUUCUGCGUGCUUUGACUAGCUGGUCACUGUUCUGCAACCUGCACCACAUUCCAGUAGCAAUCCGCGAACCAGGUUCGCUGCCGGGUGAUCUUUUCCAAACUUCCACAACGGCUUUGGGUUCCUCGGCUUCGUCGCCUGUGCUGCAGCAGCAAUUGCGGUCACUGCAACAACACCCAGGCGCACUUCACACGCUGCACCAGUCGCCCGACGGCACGUUGUACCCACAGCAGACAGUGCCCGAGCUUCAGGACCUCCACGCGCAUAAUGUCUACCAUGCGCAGCAGCAGCAACAACACCAACACCAACAGCAGCAGCAGCAGCAGCAUCAUCACCAUCACCAACAACAGCCCUAUGCGCUGAACGGACCGCCACCGCCGCCGCCACCGCCAACUGCGCACCAGCUGCCUGUACACCACCACCAGUACGAGCAACAUGGCUUACCGUCUUCUGCCUCGUUCCCACCCUAUCCAGCAACAGCAACCUACCAGCAUGCGACGAGUCCACGAUUAUUCGUGAAUGCGCCUCCGCCCCCACCCCCACUACAAGGCCCCGCACAGCAGCACUACCACUCUCCGCAGCUAUCAACUCCGCUGCCACCACAGACACAACUCCCGCCACAACGGCCAAUACAGCAGCUGUCACUACCCGCGCCAUUGCCUAUACUGACGUUGCCGCAAUCUCACCCACAUGUUCAGCACGCUCAGCCCGUGCUCCAACAACCGCAGGCCCCGGACGGUGACGAGUCCCCGUUCACAAAUCAUGGCCAGUUCCAAGGGCUCAAGUUGAUCCCGAAUCCGCCAGAUUUGGAUUUGUGGCGGGAAAGGCUGUUCAAUGUAGAUGAUAUGAUCACGUUGACAGAAGAAGAAUUCCAGACUUAUUUCCCACAUAUUGACAACGUCUACUCGCAUCGAUCCACGCAGCGACAUAAGCGCAAACGGUUUGUAUCGCAUUACUGGGACUGUCGCCUCAAGGGCCGCCCGCCAGGCACGAAGAAGUCUACCGAUCCGGACAAGAAGAAGAGGAAACGAGUCGCUCGAGAGCGCAACCUCUGCGAUGUCAAGAUCAAGAUUACGGAAUUCUUCGAUCAGCGGGAAUAUGAAGAGCAGCUCGGUCAUCGGCCACCUGUCGCCUCCGAACUCGAGUCGACAAGCCCAAUGACCGCCGGCAGUAUGGUGGGUGGGAAUCUAGGCCAGACCCAAGCAUUCUACGGACAGCCGCAUCAGAUGUUACCGCAACACCAAGUUGGGUCCUGGGAUAUGCCGUCGAACAUGGGUGAGCCGAGUAUGAGCAUGUCGCACUAUGCGCCAGGUCCCCCAUUAUCACCGGGUCCUCCACCAAAGAAGUUUUACACAUUUCAGAGAGUCAAUGGGAAUGGUGGAAAUGGGAAAGGUGAUGGGGUUGCGGGUCCCCAUAAACAUACGUUGGAAGAGAGUGACCGGGUCAAGAAGAAUAGUGUGCUGAGAUGGCAGGCCAAGAUGGAAAAGGAUGACAGAAAGAAAGUACAGGGCGGCGACGCGACCAAGAAAACGUACCAUAAGAAAGCCACGGGCAAUGCGUUGACAACGGUCAAAAAUCACUCCAAAGAGGAUGACCUCAAGCUGUAUGGUAGUGCAUUCUGGCAAGUCUCUCUUCUCUCCUACUCCUACCAACAUCUCCUCCCCACCCACGACACCUCUUCUCAAAGCCGCUCAACAGCAACUAACCCCCAACCCAGCCCCUUUGUCCAACGCGUCUGGAUCUCGCUCGAAUACAAGCGCCUCCCCUACCAAUACAUCGAAGUAGACCCCUACAAGAAACCCCAAUCCCUACUCGACGUCAACCCGCGCGGCCUCGUCCCCGCCAUCCGCCACGGCCCCACGUGGUCCACACACGAAUCCAGCGUGAUAAUGGAAUACCUCGAAGACCUCGCCGCCGGCCCCCCCCUCCUCCCCCUCGACCCCCAAUCCCGAGCGACAAGCCGCCUCUGGACCGACCACAUCAACCGCCACAUCAUCCCCCUCUUCUACAAACUCCUCCAAUCCCAAGCCGCCCCCGACCAACACACCCACGCCGCCAACCUCGCCGCCCAAAUCGCAAAACUCAUCGACGCCGCCCACCCAACCGGCCCCUUUUUUCUCGGCCCAAAUCUCAGCUUCGUCGACGUCCAGCUCGCGCCCUGGAUCCUCCGUCUCAGCCGCGUUUUGACGCCCUAUCGCGGUUGGCCUGCGCCUGAGGAGGGGAGUCGCUGGCGCAGAUGGGUCGAGGGCAUCGAGGCUGAGCGCUGUGUUCGCGUUACGACGAGUGGUGAGGAUUUGUAUCUCGAUAGUUAUGAGCGGUAUGCGGAGAAUCGGCCGGGGACGAGUUUGUUGGCGGAUGCGGUGAAUGCGGGGGGUGGGUUGCCUUAG